AUGGAGUAUUAUUUGGGCUUAAAAAUGAGUGAACACUACUGCGGUCCACGCCCAUGUGGAGAAUGGCCCUUCCUGUCAUUGCGUGCUGGCCUGCAGCUCGGGCUUGAAGUCAGAGCAGGCCUGACCGUGGCUUCAGCUCUGGAGGAGUUACAGGAUGAUCUAGAAGAGGUAAAGGCAUUACUGGAAAAGGCUACUAGGAAGAGCUUACGUGAAACCCUGUCAGCUGAAAAAUCCAAGAUUGAAACAGAAAUAAAGAAUAAGACGCGACAAGAAUCACAGAACAAACCAGAAAUUCUUGACAAUGAAAAACCAGUGGCUGUGGUUCCUCCCAUCACAACAGGAUACACAGUGAAGAUCAGUAACUAUGGAUGGGAUCAGUCAGGUAAGUUGGUGAAAAUCUACAUUACCUUAACUGCAGUUCAUCCAGUUCCUGUACAGAAUGUGCAGGGGCAUGUCACAGAGAGGUCAUUUGAUCUUUUGGUGAAGAAUCUAAAUGGGAAGAAUGACUCCAUGAUUGUGAACAACCUCCUAAAGCCCAUCUCAGUGGAAAGCAGUUCAAAACAAGUCAAGACUGACACAGUUGUUAUCUUGUGUAGAAAGAAAGCACAGAACACUCGGUGGGAAUACUUAACUCAGGUUGAGAAAGAGUGCAAGGAAAAAGAAAAGCCAUCCUACUACGAUGCCGACACAGACCCGAGUGACGGAUUAACGACUGUUUUAAAGAAGAUUUAUGAAGAUGGAGAUGAUGAUGUGAAGCGAACCAUUAAAAAAGCUUGGGUGGACUCAAGAGAGAAGCAAGCCAAAGGAGAUUCACAAAUUUAAGACUUUAAAGUCCUUUUGAAAACUACG